AUGUCGUACGCAUACGCUUCCUUCCAGGCUCAGUCACGAUCAUUACUCAACGCUCGUUUCCGUUACGAAGCCGCGAGGUCCUUCGACCUGGAUGAUGAUCUAGAAUUCUGCCCGGCGCUGUUAUCGGAAGAAGAGUUGCAAUCCGUUCACUCCGGAUCUGAUCGCUCGUCGCUAUCGAGCGGAUCUCCAAAUGGCUCUCCGUUACAGCAUCAGAUUCAGCCAUCUUCCGCUUCAUCCUCCUACUCCUUCUCCUCCCACUCUUCCUUUGGCGGUCCGAUCAACUACCAUCACCACCACCACCAUCAGCAGAAGUCUCAACAGUCUUCUCAGAGGAUUCGCAAUGCCAUCCCCAUCGUUAAUCCCAAUACUGGCAUGCGAGUCUCCAGCCCACCAAACAUGAUCCCUCACCCCACACAACGACCUCAUCACCACACCAACUCCUCCCGCCGAUGGUAG